CUCAGCUCACACUAAACAAGAAGAAACAUAAGAGGGAGUUAUAAGAUAUUCACAGAAGCAGCAAAAAUGCUUAUGCAACAAGUUCAUGUAUCAAAUCCAAGUUCAUCUUGUCUCAUCCUUCAAAAGCCAUGCCUCCGUGACAUUACUCACCCUUCUUUUCAGCUUUGGUCAAGGCCAUCAUCGUUCCCAAACCAAAGGAAGCAAAAAAGGGUUUCUUAUGGAUGCAGGAGUAAUGGCAACAAAAUCAAAGCUGUGGCUGUGACUGAAGCUGAAAACAAAUCAGUGAAAGUUAAAGCCACAAUCACUGUUCAGCCAACCGUUGGUGGGAUUUUCUCAGAAAUGGCUAUAGAGAGAGGGUUGGAUGAUAUAAAGGAUUUGCUAGGUCAGUCAAUUCUCUUGGAGCUUGCUAGCACUGAGCUUGAUCCCAAGACGAAAUUAGAGAAGGAAACUAUCAAAGAUUAUGCCCACAGUAAGCAUCGAUCAGCACAAGAGGUUAAAUACGAGGGUGAAUUUGAAGUGCCAGACAACUUUGGAGAAGUUGGGGCCAUUUUUGUGACGAAUGAGCAUCACAGGGAAAUGUUCAUCAAAGACAUUGUCUUGGAUGGUUUCCUCUUGGGUCCUGUUAAAUUUACCUGCGAAUCUUGGGUUCACUCCAAGUAUGAUAACCCUGCUAAGAGAGUGUUUUUCUCCAACAAGUCAUAUUUGCCAUCUGAAACACCAGAAGGAGUGAAGAGGUUAAGAGAAGAGGAGCUAGAACAGUUACGUGGCAAUGGGCAAGGUGAACGCAAGAGCUUUGAGAGAAUAUACGAUUACGAUGUGUACAAUGAUCUUGGAGAUCCUGAUAGCAGCGACGACCUCAAGAGACCCGUUCUUGGUGGCAAUCAACAUCCAUACCCAAGGCGUUGCAGAACAGGAAGGCCUCGUUGCGACAAAGAUCCAUUAUCGGAGAAAAGAAGUAGUACGGUUUACGUGCCUAGAGACGAAAGCUUCUCGGAAGUGAAGCAACUAACGUUUUCGACAAAGACGUUAUCGUCGGGGUUGAAAGCGCUCGUGCCGGCGCUGAAGACAUUGAUAGUUGACAAGAAUCUAGGGUUUCCUGUGUUCUCGGCCAUAGAUGACCUUUUCGAUGAAGGCCUUUACUUGCCUCCUCUAAAAGGUAUCAGGAGUAUCUUGCCCAGGCUCGUUAGGCAUAUUAAGGAUAUUCAGGAAGACAUUCUCCUUUUUGAUCCUCCCGCAACAAUGAACAAGGACAGAUUUUUCUGGUUAAGGGACGAAGAAUUUGGAAGACAGACUCUCGCGGGUCUUAACCCUUGCUGCAUCCAAUUGGUCACGGAAUGGCCAUUGAAAAGCAAACUUGAUCCCGAAAUUUAUGGCCCUGCGGAAUCAGCCAUCACUACCGAAAUAGUUGAGCGGGAAAUAAGAGGGUUCAAUACGGUGGAAGAGGCCAUAAAACAGAAGAAACUGUUCAUCCUGGACUACCACGAUUUGUUGUUGCCAUUAGUAAAGGAUGUGAGAGAACUUGAAGGCACAACGCUAUAUGGAUCAAGGGCAUUGUUCUUCCUAACCCGCGAAGGCACAUUGAGACCUCUGGCUAUUGAGCUGACUCGGCCACCAAUGGACGGAAAACCGCAAUGGAAGGAAGUCUUCACGCCUUGCUGGCACUCAACUGGUGUCUGGCUUUGGAGGCUAGCCAAACUUCAUAUCCUCGCCCAUGACUCUGGUUACCAUCAACUUGUUAGUCACUGGCUACGAACUCACUGUGCAACAGAGCCUUACAUCCUUGCAACAAACAGGCAACUGAGUGCAAUGCACCCAAUCUACAGACUACUGCAUCCCCAUUUCCGUUACACCAUGGAAAUCAACGCGCUUGCUCGCGAGGCCCUGAUAAACGGCGACGGAAUAAUCGAAAGCAGUUUCUCUCCGGGGAAGCACUCCAUCCUCUUAAGCUCAAUCGCCUACGACCAACAAUGGCAAUUCGACCUGCAAUCCCUCCCAAAGGACCUCAUCAGCAGAGGCAUGGCCGUGGAGGACCCCACCGCACCCCACGGCCUCAAGCUAAUCAUCGAAGACUACCCUUACGCCAACGACGGCCUCGUCCUCUGGGACGCCCUCAAAACCUGGUUCACCGAAUACGUGAACCUCUACUACGCCGACGAUGGUUCUAUAGUGUCGGACACUGAGCUCCAAGCCUGGUGGGAAGAGAUCAGAACCGUUGGACACGGGGAUAAAAAAGACGAACCUUGGUGGCCUGUCUUAAAAACAAAGUUAGAUUUGAUUGACAUUGUGACAACAAUUGCGUGGACGACUUCCGGCCACCACGCGGCUGUGAACUUCGGACAAUUCUCCUUUGCGGGGUAUUUCCCAAACAGACCCACCAUUGCAAGAAACAACAUGCCCUCGGAGGACCCUUCGGACGCCGAAUGGGAGCUGUUCUUGGAGAAGCCGGAGGUGAUUAUGCUGAAGUGCUUCCCGUCGCAGAUUCAGGCCACCACCGUGAUGACGGUGCUGGACAUUCUGUCAAACCACUCGCCGGACGAGGAGUAUCUCGGGGAGACAGUGGAGCCGGCGUGGGAGGAGGAGCCGCUUGUGAAGGCCGCGUUUGAGAAGUUUAGAGGGAAGUUGAUUGAGCUUGAAGGGAUUAUCGACGCCAGGAAUGCGGAUAGGACCAGGAGGAACCGGAACGGUGCCGGGAUUGUGCCCUAUGAACUUCUCAAGCCUUCUUCGGAGCCUGGUGUCACAGGAAAGGGAGUUCCUUAUAGCAUCUCUAUUUGAUUCUGAGUUAUGCAUGACUGUGUAUCGUCACUAGCCUCUCUGCUAGUAUUAAGGUGUAUUAUUUGAGACACAUGUGACUUACUAAUAAAUAAAAGAUAACUCAUGAGAAUAGUGAUUAUAAAAAAAAUAAUACUUAUUAAUAUGAAAUAAA